AGUAGGUAAAGCCAAAGCCUUCAAAGUGGAUUUGUGUUUGUUCUCUUGGUUCUUGUUGGGUGAAUAUUGGUUUGAGGAUGUUAAAAAAUCUUAAUUGAUAAUUUUAACGAUGUUUGAUGACAUUAAUAAUUACUGACAGUAGUACAAAGGGCUUAGGACUAUUUACACUGAUAAAAUAGGAUAUCGUGCUUAUAAUUUACAACAUUUCAUAUUGGAAACAAAAUUGUUUACAAUGCCAAGACCAGACUCCAGCUAUCAGAUCAGGGAGGCGGCCGAGUCUCUGCUCAGCACAGUGUCCCAUCCCAACUAUAGGACAAUUUCUAAUUCGCAGUCAGUGAACAUAGUGUCCGAGGAGCUGGUGGCAGGGCACAGGCCGCACGGCCGCAUGUCCACAGUCAGGAGGUUCUUCUGUCUGUUUGUCACGUUCGAUCUCCUGUUCACUGGGCUGAUGUGGCUCAUUUGUGUCAUGAUGCGCGGUGAGACACUAGCACAGAUAUUCGACAGAGAAGUAAUGCACUAUAACGUGAAGGCUUCUCUAUUCGACGUCGUGUUACUAGCCGUCAUCAGGUUCAUCACAUUGUUACUAUUUUAUGGUGUUCUGUAUAUAAACAAUUGGAGCGUUAUAGCUCUCUCGACUGGUGGCACUUGUGCCUUUUUGAUGGCCAAAGUGUUCGUUUUUGACUGGCCUAACGCGUCCCAGCCCGUGUACCAGGUGUUCCUAAUACUGACGUCGUUCACCCUCUCGUGGGGUGAAGCCUGGUUUUUGGACUUCAGAGUAUUGCCGCAGGAAUUGCAGGCUAAGGAGAUUCUGGACUGUAUUAUCCGUGAUUAUAUUGUGAUGGGUGCAGCGUCGCCGGGCGCGGCGGGCGCGGGCUCGCACGCCGCGCUCGCGCAUGCGCCGGCCGCGCGCGGGGACUCCACCGCCAACUGGUUCUCGCCCGUGGAGACGCCCGAGGCCAGCCCCAGGCCCCGCAGCGUCCACGGCCAGCAGAUCAUUCUCACACAGGAUCAGAUAGAAGAAUACAAAGAACAAGCUGAAGCAUGUAUGAUGGACGCGUGGCGGGUGAUACAUCUGGAGAACUGGCACGUGGAGAAGAGGGGACAGAAAGGGGACGUGGUGGAAUCCAAGAAGACUGAGUUUGGCAAGGUCUAUAGGUUUACGGGCGUCGUGGAGUGCCCGCCUAAGUUCCUGUACACGGAGUUUAGGGACAAUUUGCAACGUUUGCCUGAGUGGAACCCUACCAUUCUCAAGAGCGAAUUGAUCAAGGAAAUAGCUCCGGGCAUCGACCUCUCGUACCAGGUGACGGCGGGCGGCGGCGGCAACAUCAUCGCGCCCCGCGACUUCGUGAUCCUGCGGCGCACGGCCGCGCUGUCGCGCGACGCCGCGCUGGCCGAGGUCGACGACCCCUACUGCUACAUCAGCAGCGGGCGCAGCGUGCAGGUGCCCGGGUACCCGCCGUGCCCGAAGAUGGUUCGGGGGGACAACAAAGUGGGAUGCUGGUUCAUGAAGCCGCUAACAGUCAAGAGCAGCAGUGGGAAGGUGGAGCAAUGGACUACUUUCCAGUGGCUUAUGUGCUGCGAUCUCAAAGGUAAAAUCCCGCAGUUCGUUUUGGAUACGGCUUUUGCUACUGUGAUGUUGGAUUACAUCGUUCAUGUCAGGAAGUUCGUGGCUGAAGCUAAAGUUAAGGCGUUAUUUUAAGCAUUUUAUUUUUUUUAUGCUGUGUAAAAUGAAUAUAUGAAUUUCAAUGUCGCAUGUUCAAGGUUGCGCCCAAUCGACGUACAUUGUGUAAUUUUAUAAAGAUAUAACAAAGACAUUUAUUCGUGUACCAAUACAUUUACACAAAUGACAAAAAGCAGACGACAUCUAAAAUUUUAAACUUAAAUUGUAUAAUAAACGUACUGGCAUUAGCAUCUGACAAAUACGUGACGUCUCAAUAUUACAAUAGAUAUGUAUGACAUAAUAUAUAAAAAAACGUAAUUUAAAAGGCAUUUCUAAACGCUAAACUCACAUUAAAACUCAGCAAUGUCUAUCUUUUGGCUGCAUCGGUAAACUUACCCGCGCAUGUGACAUACUUAUAUACAGAGCGAUUUUAAUAAUAUAAACAGUACCUAUUUUAUAAAGUACAUAUAUCCAAUCCAUUAAUAUUCUAUAAACAACUUCCAUGUAUAAAGCUGUAUUAAACAAUUUUCUACGCAUAUGUGAUCGGAUUUAUUUAAUCAACCGUAUUUAAACCUUUUAUUAUUGAAUUAUUGCCUUUAGAGGGAAAUUUAAAAAAUUGACUUUGCUGUCACACUACUGUGCAGUGCAGUGUUCUGAAAAAACUUAAGAAAUAUAUAAAAGGUUAAUAAAUAAAUACGUGACGUAAUUGUGUUAAAUAUGUGGUCGUCCAAAUCAAAAGGGAACCUUAUGGUGCCCGGCACUUACGCGAUUAUUACCGUUGUUUUGUACUCGAACAACGGCAAUAAAGACCUAACUGCCAGCCGCCAUAAGACACCUUUUGAUUUGGACGGCCAUAUAUAAUGAUUGCUGAAAAAGAAAUGUUCUAGAAUAUUUUUGUACUUGGCC